AUGCAGCAUCAAUAUUCAUUUGUCAACCAGUUUUCCGACGUUUUACCACUCUAUAACCAGAAAAUCAAUGCCAAAGGCCCGACUAAAAAGCGCGUCAAGACAGAACAGACUCCAGCUCAACGAGUUCAAGCUCAAGCUCAAGCUCAAUUGGAGGCUCUGCAACUGCAACAGCUGCAACCUCAGCAGAAUCAGCUACAAGAGCCUAAUACGCCAUUAACAAUCACAAGUAGUGCAUUGGACCAGGCAGUAGUGCAACAUGCACAAGCUAUGAAUCAAAUGGCUAUGCAACAGAGCAUGCCUGAUAGUCUCAUGGACGUAGGCAUGGCUGACGCAAAGGAUAAAAAUGGGGGAAAAGACAGAAAGGGAAAGAACGUACCGUUGUCCAAGAUUCAAAUCGACAUGUUUGAAGAGGCAAUGGCCAUGCACGCCUAUGUGACGGGCAUGGCUUUUGAUGCUAUCGAGGACUCACACUUGGCUAGAGCUAUGAACAUUUUGCGCCCGAAUGUAAAGCUCCCGGAAAAGAAAAAACUGGAGGGAGAGCUGCUGACCCGAUGCUAUGAGAAAAUGCACAAACAGGUGUGGGGAUAUCUCACAACCAGUCCUGCGCGAGUGUGUCUGAAGAGAGAUGCAUGGUCGAGUUUGAACUUGUAUAAUACGCAUAAUCCAGCGGAGGCGUACGUGACGUACAUGGCCGUGAAUAAUGAAAAGAGGCUUUUUUUAGAGUCCGAGAAGGCUGCUGGAGAUGAAGCGCGGUACAAUUCGAUUAUGAUUGCACAAGAUAUAAAGCGAAUGAUGCAAGCAAUUGGAAGCAAUAUAAGUGGAGCCGUGACUGGUAGUACCGAGUAUCAUUCACGAGCAUGGGAUAUGCUCAAAGCGGAGUAUCCGACCAAAUUUUUCUAUGGCUGUAUCUGUCACGCACUACAUCUGGCAAUUAUGGAUAUCUUUGGCCCAGAGAAAUCUGUAGAAAACGAUCCUAGGCGAAUUUCGCCGCAGGUACCCAUGGAUUUUCCGUUUCAGGACCUCGUCGAAUUUAAUAACAGUUGUAAUAAGUUGUUGUCGUUCUUCAGUAGCUACCAGUACGCACCCAAAGACAAGGUGUUCGACUCCCAACUUCUUCACGCCAUGGAAGGAUUUGCGAACGCGUCGCCUACAAUGUCAUGGGGCACACUAGCCGCACGGUUUCGGGUGCUAAUGCAGUCAGGAGACGAGCUCCAGACCAUUGUGAGCGAUCCCGAAUUUUUGGGGUCCGGGUCACCAGCAAAUCAGCGCGAAAUUCGCCAAAGCAUAAAGGAUUUUGUUUUGAGUCUUAACUGGAAGUUGACAUUGGAGAAGGCAAUAACAAUCCUCACGCCUGUCGAGUUAAUCCUGUACAAGUUUCAAGACGACCGUGCUCCUAUCUCAGAGGUUUACUUCGAGUCUAAACACUUGCUUACCGACUUCGAUGCAGUCUUCGGUCUGACAACGGUUGAGCUGGAAUAUAUCAAAAAGGUAGUCACGGAGAGGUGGCAGUACGUGCUGAGCGAAGCACACGGUUUGGCAUUUUUGCUGGAUCCACGAUAUAUUGGCAAGUCCAUGACACGAGAUUAUCGCGAGCAAAUUGAGGAGCUGAUCUUUAGCUUCCCCGAGACUGACCAAGACAUGGGUGUUGAUGAAGAGCGAAGGCGAGCAAUGUCAGCAGAGUACACCGAUUACGUCAUUUAUGCCAAGAACCAGCGCAACAACCGCACCUACAAGUGGGAAAUGUUAGAAAAGGGCAAUCGCUCGCCACUGCAGUUCUGGCAGACGGACGCGGAAGAUUGGCCGCACCUCAGAUCGCUAGCGCUCACGCUGUUUUCGUUAGCGCCAAGCAGUGUUGCAUCUGAGAAAACGCUGUGCAAGAGCACCUUGGCGCAAUCCAGUCACCGCAACAAGCUCAGUUUCGACAAUGUACGGCGUCUAGCAUUUAUUUGCAUAAACGACCCCCAAUUUGCUGGUGGGGAAGUGCAGAAUAACACGCUGCCCGAUUUUACUGUAGGAGACACAGCACUUUCACCUGAUGGAAUGAUGAUGUGGAUGAUUUGA